UCGCUGGUAUUAGCAACGUUGGAUUCAUUUACGACAUACAGCCGUAUCACCUACUGCACCUGAUAAUUACAUUUUGGUGUCCAUAAUGGGAGAUAGCGAUAACUGGUGGGAUGACUUGGUAGAUUAUUUCCCUGACAACUAUUCCAGUGACUCCUAUUGCUGCGAGGGCGGCGAUGUUUGUGACCUGGGUAAUGAGACGGCUUUUGAAGCAGCAUACAUCCCAGCACUGUACUCUGUUGCAUUCGUGGUGGGUAUCCUGGGAAACGGGAUACUGCUGGGGGUGCUGUUUCAGAGCAGGAAGAAUUGGAGCGUGACUGACACCUUCAUCCUUCACCUGAGCGUGGCAGAUGUCCUGCUCCUUGUCACACUGCCUCUCUGGGCUGCACAGUCAGCGGAGGAGUAUGGAUGGACAUUCUCUGAUCCUCUCUGCAAGAUCACGGGGACUGUUUAUACGGUCAACUUCUACUGUGGGAUCUUCCUCCUGGCCUGCAUCAGUCUGGACCGCUAUCUGUCCAUCGUCCAUGCCACUCAGAUGUACUCCCGCAGGAAGGCUUGGGCCGUUCAAACCAGCUGCUUGGGGGUGUGGCUCUUCUCCCUGAUCCUCUCGAUCCCUGACUGGAUCUUUUUAGAGGUUGUGUAUGAUGACAGACGAACAAGAUCAGAGUGUAUCCGUAACUACGGCAAAUUUGGGUUAGACAAAAUGCCUACGUUGCAACUGGCAUCGCGCCUGCUCUACCACAUAGUUGGCUUUCUGCUUCCUUCUGCUGUCCUGGUCUUCUGCUACUCCUGCAUCCUACGGCAGCUGCGGUGCGGAAACCAGGGCCUCCAGAAGCAGAGAGCUUUCAGAGUCAUUAUAGUCGUGGUGGUGGCUUUCUUCAUCUGCUGGACUCCAUACAAUAUCACUCUCAUGGUAGACACGCUCAGUCAAGGAAAUGACACCCAGACCUGUGGAGUCAGAACAACGCUGGAGAAAGCGAAGACAGUGACUUCCUCCUUUGGUUACCUGCACAGCAGCCUCAAUCCCAUCCUGUACGCUUUUGUGGGGGUGAAGUUCCGGCGUCAGCUGCUGAACAUCUUGAGGUCUUUGGGCUGCAAGCUGAAGCCAAGCACCAAAAUCCAAAAGACUAUCCACAGGAAAAGCUCUCUUUGGUCCGAGUCUGGCGACACCUCUAACACCAUUGCAAUCUGAAGAAAACGUGAAAACAGAGAUACAAACAAGUGAACAUGCAAUCCUGGAGUCAGUGUCCCACUUUUUAUAUUAUGUAAGUAUUUGAACAGGUAGAGUAAUUAUUAGUGACUUCCUGCCACUGACACCUGCACUUCCUACAGUGAUACAAUAGUUCAUUUCUGAUUUCCAGGCUGCAUUGUAAAAUGAAUAAUUGAGUGAAAAGUAAUUACUGCAGCGAGAGACAAUUUGGUCCUUUUAAGGUUUUUAAAUUGUCUACUAUGUAUAUUUUAUCAGUUAUAUUUCUUAAUGUUUUCACACAUUUUGCUUAAGUGCACAGGACUUUUCACCUUACAGCAAGACCCCAGCACAGUAAAGGAAAUUUAAGAAAACUUAACUCAUUGUUCAGGCUUUCAGAGAAGGAACUUUCUGAAGAAAGAUGAUCUCAAUCACAUAUCAAAGCCAUUGAAGCUGUAGUUACUUGCUGAAAUCUUCUGCUUUUCCUAAUAUAUUCCACAUUGGGGCAUUUAAAGCCUCGCACCUACGCAUACAUACAUUUUUGAGACAUGCUUCAUUGUGUGGGGAGGGAAUACUAUACCAGACAAGACCGAGUUUGCUCUCAAGUUUGCAAAGGAUCAGGGAGAAGAGCAACACCCCCAAGCAGCAAGUUUGCAAACUCAAGUCAGAUAGAUGAAUCCAAGGUGGAGGAGAACAAUCUGAUCGGCCUCGCUGGGAAGCGAGGCAAGGCUGAUUUGUGGUUCCGCGUUACACCAACGCAGAGCCUACGCCGUAGGGUACGCCGUCGAUUUAACGCUGAACCAUAAUUCAGGCUUUCGACCAUGCAGUUAGAGAAAUAACAGGCAGAAAACAGGUGAAUCGUUCAGUUGCGGCUACAAGCACCAAAAUUGGCACACAUACUCCUUAGGGGUUGCUCUUUUGAUAAAACCAUUGUGCCAAAAAAAACACACACAAAACCUCUAACAAUACUAAAGUAUACACUGCCAUCCAUUUUACCAGUGUCAAACAUAACAAAAAAAAACUCAAAUUUUGUAGAAUAUUUGGAUUCUGGGACUGAUAUAUGGUACAAGGAAGCCAAAGUGUAAGUCCAUGGGUCCAAAUUUAGAUUCUACAUAGUGAAAAGGUUAUAAUUUGACACCAAGAUCAUUCCAAUAGAACAACUCUAUUGGAUUUUAUUGCGAAAUGCAAUAUUACUGUAUAUUCGAUGGUGUCCAUCUUGAAAAAAGGCCGCCAUCUUUUUUUUUUUCUGGCACAAUGGUUUUAUCAAAAGAGCAACCCCUAAUGAGUAUGUGUGCCAAUUUUGGUGCUUGUAGCCGCAACUGAACGAUUAUUCCUGUUAUUUCUCUAACUAAUGUGACCGAAAGCGCUCGAAGCCAACGCAGCCCCGAGGCUUGUAAAACAGCGCCGCCUGGUGGCCAGCAGCCGCUCUGCAUGGGUCAGCUUUGAGCGCCUGUAACAGAUUCAAACACACUGGAGAUUCAGCUGGAGCCGAUCUCAACUUGACUCUCUGGCCUUGAAACUCUUUAAGCUACUUUUCGGGUCACGAAAGGACCCGUGAAUCUCAGAGAGGAACGCUUUUCCUCAUGGAGUGACCAAUCUCAUCAUCAGACGUCUCUCAUGAAUGCAUUAAGGCCGGAUGUCUUUAGCUGGAUUCCUGAAGAUUGUGAAGGAUGGAUCAGAAAGGUUUUUUCCCAUGUGCAUUGCAAAAGACAGAAUGAGGUUGGAUGAUGAUGAUACCCUGUCUUUUAUAGUGAAGUAAUUCCAUGAGAACUUGUCUUUUAUUGUGAUUUAUCAUAUGUAUAUAGUCUGCAUAUUCAACAUACUUAACUUUGCAUUACAUGUAUAAUUACUUUGCAUUUAAUUCUUCACAUAUGGAAUUGCUCUGUAUGAAAAUAAAACUCAGUGAAGCAAAUAACAGCAUUUCAAACCGAUUUAUGUGAUUUGCAAUAAUGCAAGGACAACAGUUACACAUGGAGUUUGUGAUGCUUCCUAUAGACCAUGAUGAGAAGCACAUAAUUUGGCAACUUGGUAUUUUAUAAAGAAUAAUCAAAGCAGUUAUACAGCAACAUUGUGGAUGUGAAAUAAACCGCUUUGGUGAGCUGCAGAGAGAU